AUGGUCUCUGACAAGCGCCACGCUUUAGUCAUCGGAGGUGGCUUCUCCGGCAUGUUCGCUGCCAACGAGCUCAAGGGCCGUUUCGACGUCACCCUUGUUGAUGCCAAGGAGUACUUCGAGUACACUCCUGGUGUCCUCCGUGCUUAUGUCAAGCCUGGUCAUUACGACGCUCUGUCAUUCACUUACCAGUCGAUCUUGGAGCGCACUAUGGGCAUUAAGUUCCUCUGGGGUGAGGUUACUCAGCUCGACGGUGAGAAGCAAAUCGCUCAUGUCAAGCCGAUGUUCUCCGACCACACUGAGGAGGUCGCCUUCGACUAUUGCGUCAUCGCCGCUGGUUGCACUUUCGGUCUCUUCUCCAAGUGGGGUGAGUCUCUCUGGGCUCCCACUGUCAACGAGGGUGCCAUUGCCGAGUCUGAGUGGAAUCACAUCGAUGAGCGUUUCAUCGAGGGUCGCCGUCGUCAUAUCUUCGAGGAGCAUGAGAAGCUUGCCGCCCUCAACAAGAAGAAGGCCAACGUUCUCAUUGUCGGUGCCGGUUUCAUUGAGGACAAGAAGGAGAAGGACCCCAAGAAGCGCGGUCCCGGUGGCGGAGGAUGGAUUCACGUGAACAAGCAUUUGCAGGUCUACAAGGUUAACGAGGAUGGCUCUCAGUCCCUCUGGGGUAACGGUCACAUCUUCGCCAUUGGUGAUUGCAACAUGGUCCCUGAGCUUCCCCCGAUCCCUAAGAUCUCUUAUCCUUCUGAGGAGCAGGCCGCUCAUGCUACCAAGAACAUUAAGAUCUUGGACCACCUCGAGCAUAAGGGUAAGUCCGUUGGCGGCUGCUGCGGGCUCGGUGGUGCCAAGGACCUCGUCACUACUUGGUGGCCUUGGGGUGCUGGUAUGUUCGCUACUUCUCUCGGACCUAACAAGGCCUGCUUCGUUUUGGGUGCCAAGUCUGCUCCUGGCACUGGCCAUAUGGUCCUCUGGGGCAAGCUCUCUGCCAUCCAGAAGGGUCUCAUUGAGUCCACUAAGGUCAACGAGAACAAGCGCGGCAUCAUUGGCAGUUGGGGUUGGCAUUUCGUCCAUCAUACUCCUUUCAUGAACUAG